AUUGGUUAUAUGUGUCAGUAUUUAAUUUCGUUUCAUACGCCUUGAAGCGUUUUUUUACAUAAAGUUAUAGAUAUUAGAAAUAAAUAAUAAACCCACUAUGGAUGUCUUUCUAAUGAUUAGGCGAAAAAAGUUAACCAUCUUUACAGACGCCAAGGAUACGACAACUGUAUUAGAAUUAAAGAAAAUGAUCGAAGGUAUACUGAAGGUGCCUCCUCCAAGUCAAAUGCUCUUCAACAAGGACAGUCAGCUGAUGGAGGAUGAGAAGACACUAGCCGAGUAUGGUUUAACAUCGGCUACAGCCAAAGCUCAGUGUCCUGCACCAAUUGGACUGGCUCUCAGAAAGGAAAGUGGUGAAUUCGAAGCUCUGGAUCUGACCCCGUACUCAUCGCCCCCGGAUCUGCCAGAUGUCAUGAAAUCUCAGGAGACCAACGGACAGGAACAGAUGGAUCAACACUAAACGAGACGGCGCAACAUGUACAGAGCAACGAGCAGCAGGUACAGACGGCCACAGCGCCCCCCUCACGCUGCUGUCCUCUCAACUAUAUUUUUUGCAUAUGAACAUAUUUUGUUAGCGAUUUACCAACGAUUUGUGUUCGAUUUUAACAAUCCGUUAUGUCUACACAUUUCUUUGUAGUAUUUUUGUGAUGCUUUGUACGAAAAGAGUGUAGUGCUUUUUUGUAGUUUAUUAACUGUAAUCUAAACGAAUGUGGCACUUGGCCGUCUCGUACAUUGUUUGUGUUGGAAAUACGAUGUUGGAGUGAUGCAUUUAGCGGUGUUUUAUGUUGGACGGUAUAUUGAGACGGCCUUCGUGGCGUACACGUGGCGGUGCGGUUUAUAAAAAAUAAUAUAUCAUGAAAUACUCAUAUAUAUGUGAUGAAAUAGUAGUUUUGUAUGUCACCUGGCAACACUUAAAAUAAACCAUUAUUGAAGUACCCACACAUUUAUUUUUUUGCUGAAUUGUACCUUAUAAUUUAAUUUGUUUCAAUACAAUUAUAAAUAAAGUGUAAUUAUAAAUGUUUAGCGAACUAAAUUGAAUCUUAAUUUUACAUUAAUAUAUAUAUUUUUUUUAUAAUAUCGUAUCCGCCCCGAAGACGCCGCGUAUAACAAAAGAAAAGUAAUUGUAAUGUCACAAUAGUACUAUUUUUAUGGCUUCAUUGUAUCGCUAAAGCCAUGACAUUUUACCAUGUGGUAAUUGAAGUACUCUACCGAUAUCUCGUUUUCGGACAUGUUGAUUUUUUUUUUUUAUUUAGUAUUUUUGCACUAAAAAUAAUAAUAUUUAACGUAACGCGUCUUAAUAAUGUAACACCGUUACUGCGCGACGUUUGAUUUCGUUAAUAGCUUGACGUUGAAACUAAUUUACAUUCACCAUCAUCCAUCAUAAGCGAACUCAAUUUUAAAACUAAAUUGUGGUAAAGCUACCAUUCAUGUAUGUGUAAUAAGUGUCUGUCAAUUAUAUCGGUUUAAUACUUGUGUUGUAUCUUAAGUGUAUAUUCUUACAGAAACUAUUCGAAUGGCAAAUUAUAAAAUCAUCGAGUAUACUUACUUUCAAUAGUUGUAUAGUUUUAACGUUGCCGAUAAAAUGGACAGACUGCAUUCGAAAGCCUUCCGGUAGCGCAGACGACGCUCUAGUAUAAUCGUAAUUGAAUUUGUUGUUAAUUCAUAAUGUGCAAUCUGCGCUGGCGCAAGUUCGAUCAGCCGUAAAUGUAUGUACACAUUUUAAAUAUGAUUUUAUUAAAUUUAAUGAUAACGGUAUUUAACUGAUAAUAGUAUAGAAUGGACUAUAGGUAUUAGCUAAUUUAAUAGGGGUAAAUAAUAGGGGCUUUUUAUAUUCGUAAAUCCAGAAUAUUACCGAUUCUGUAACAUUCUCAAUUUGUGAUUUGAAUUGUCGUAUGAAUUUGAACAUCUCUAGUUCCUCUAAUUAAAGGUUGCUAAUUGUAUUGAUUUUUUUUCUAUUUUUAUGUAAAGUUUUUUUCUAUAUUGCACCUUUAUAAUUUAAGAUGUUCUGUAUAUUUUGUUUUGGAUUCGAACCUCAGUAAAAUCCAUUUUAAUGUAUUCGGUAUAAGUGCCGGUGCGUCGCCCGCUCUUCGGCCACCGAGUACGACUGCGACUUAUAAUAAUAGCUAGUUAAUGUUAUCUACCCUCAUCCACCUAACAGAUAUUGUACCAAAUAGAUCAUUUUCAGUCCAAAAAUAGUAUAGUUGAGUAUUAAAGUAUACCGCAUAACUGUAUUGCACUGGGAAAUAGGAUAGGGAAAUUAAUGAACCAUUCUUUUAAUAAUGUUAUCCCGAGUUGUUUACGAAUGUGACCUGACGCCGUGGGUCUAACGUGUAAUAACCAUUUAUGGGAAGAAGUAGAAAUAUGUGACUCAUGGCAAAAGACUACAUUCCCGAACUAGUCAAGUUCAACGGAUAACAAUAGGGUGGUUAGAUUCUCCUAGAUACUCAACUUUAUUGUAAACCCGUUUGGGUCUCUUUCCCACUGUGAUUCAAUAGGCGUCUGUGUGUGGUUCAAUUUUAAAAUUACUCUACCUAUAUAGUCUCAUUUAUCGAUGUUUUGUAUACACUUCAUAGAACAAAUUGAACGAAACACGAAAAUUUUCGAGACUUAACAAAGAAAUAACUAGUGUAGGUAUUCAUGUGCAAGUAUGAAAUCCACAAUGAACCAGCAAGAAAUAAAGCUGUUUUGAUUUGUUUUAGGACUUUUUUAUUUACUACCAUAUGCCCACAUAAUCUAUAUAUAUAGUAAUAUAUAUAUAUAUAUAUAUAUAUAUAUAUAUAUAGUAUAAAAUAAAUUAUUUAUUUAUAUUUACCGUACUAUUAUUUAUUAAAUAUAACUUAAAUUCAAUACCGCAAGAAAAAAAAAUUAAGAAAAUUUAAUUAUGUAGACUGUGUUUUUACUAAGCAAAACCGA